AAGCAAUGAAAAUGUUUUGACCAAAUAUGUUAUGCAGCUAUAUACGUUUUCGAAUUCAAGUGGGACAUCGAAUGUAUCACACGUCAAAGCAGAAGUGCCGUGGUAUCUUUGGCGAGCUGCUGCAAUUUUCAUCCUGCUGCUUCCUUUUAUGAGAACGAGAGGCUGCAGCUAUGGGUCCAGACAGCACACCCGACCCUAAAACAGAAUCUUCAGUGGAAAGUCCAGUAAUGUUAAAGGUCAUCUCCGAAUCAGACGCAAUUGAUGCUUCAGCUCACACCGGGCCCAAGAACUCAAAACAGCCUGAGAGCAAUGCACUAGAGAAAUGUUACUCCUGUGCCAUCUGCAGUAAAACAUUUGACCGACCAUCAAAGCUAGAGAGGCAUAAACCUGUCCACACCAGGAAGUCCAAGAUGCUUCAUCAGUGUCAGCACUGUGAGAAGACUUUUGCUCAACAGGAUAAGCUGCUCCGACACCAGAACGGCCACAGCAGGACUAACAAGCAUCCCUGUCCCGAUUGUGGGAAGGUGUUCAACAGGCCCUCAAAGUUAGAAAGGCACAGACGUACGCACUCAAAGAAACCGAGUGUGCCUCACCAGUGCUCAUACUGCAUGAAGACAUUCAGUAAGCUGAAUAAACUUAUCCGCCACAAGAGAAUGCACACGGGUGAGAAGCCCUUUACCUGCCCGGUCUGUGGAAAGGGGUUCGCUGAGUCGGGUCACUGCAAAGCACAUGAAAAGACCCACGAGGAGCAGCCAGAAAAGCCGCACUUCUGCCGCGACUGCGGGAUGCGUUUCUUCAAGGCCUCUGAGCUCCGCCGGCACGUCCGUUCCCACACAGGAGAGAAGCCAUUCAGGUGCACGUUGUGCGAGAGCUGCUUUUCCCGCUCAGAAGGCCUUAAAAGACACAUGAGAAGCCACACAGGGGAGAGGCCCUAUAAAUGCAUUAUCUGCGGAAAGGGAUUUUACUCUCGACAGGAUCUGAAUAUCCACGGAUUGAUUCACUCAGGAGAGAAACCACAUCUCUGUCCCGUGUGUGGCAAAGGCUUCUCACAGCUGGGCAACAUGAAAGAGCACGAGCAAAAUGUCCAUAUCAAGUCAGAGAAAUACAUCUGCAAUGAAUGCGGCGCUACUUUCACGAGGCAUAAGUCAAUGACAAAGCACCAACGAACACACACGGGUGAAAGACCUUACCUGUGCCUCACCUGCGGUCGCAGGUUCUCAUGGAGCCAUUCCCUGAGCAGACACAGAAGGUCGCAUUCACAUCGCCAGAUGUCUUUGGUCACAUCAAAAGACACGCCAAGUUUUGAAUCGUCAACUCUCAGUCCCAGCAGCUGAAGACAAAAGUGAAAUCCAUGUAAAAUUUUGUCCAGAGUGUCAUGCAAAAUAAAUUUUUUGUUGUUGUCUUGGUUAACCUGGUUGGUUGCUUGAAUAAUAAGACAUUUACAAGUUAGAAAUGGCAGAUAAGGGCACCAGUGUACUGCUAUCUACCAAAAAACAUUUAUUGAUCAAAGACUGGGUGUAAAUAAUAUUGCAUGAUUUUUAUAGAUAAAUGCAUGAAAAGUUGUUGCAUCUCAAUAAUGUACAUGCCUUAUGUCAUGUGUCUUUGUUAUAGGAUUAGUCACAACCAAAGCCAAAUUACAAAUUUCGGCAUGGUGUUGUCUAUGCAAAAUGUCUCAUUUUUUUUAAGUGUAGGCAAAUAGUGAGCCUCUUGCAAGUGACAGACUUGUUAAAAAACUUAGUUCUAUGCCAAACAAGAGGACAGAAGCAGUUGUUUCACUGUUCUUCAUUCAGAUUCAUAAUCAUUUUUCAAAUCUUCAAAAAUGAAAAAUGAUUUAUUGUGUGUGAGCCCUUGGAAUCGUAAAAUGUGAACAGUAGUUGUUCCAUAUAAUGCAA